AUGUCUUCGUCGGCUGAUAAUGGAAUUAUUGAUUUUUUAGUGGACUCUGUUUCUAGACUUUCACUGGACACUAUUGAACCAGAUCGACUAUCCUUCCAAGCAUUACAAUGUUUACUAUCCAAGUCAAAUGACGAAAAAAAAGAAUUUGCUACUAGUGAAUAUUCGCUACUACGGAUCUCUAUUUUAUUAGCUGCGAAGAAAGUUUCACAAGAGGCUGUAGAUGCCUUGGAAAAAAGGCUGCCAGUAUGGGAUAAAGUCAAAGACGAGUUUGACUUUAACAAUAAUAACAUAGUUAAUAUCAAUGACAAUUGCGCUUCUAUUGCCGGUAAUUUAACACCUCUCCUCGAAUUUAUUGACCUUCGACGCAUUGAUGGAAAAAUCCUCACGGAUAUCAUCGAACCGUUGGAUUUAAUUCCAUCUAAGAAACUUAUGGAGGUUUACCCUCUGAUGGAUACACAGUAUCACGAAACGAUCAAGGAGGAUGGAAUAUUGUUAGAACUAACCAACUUAUGA